AUGCCAAUGUCGCAUUUGAGUAUCACAUUGUUAGGUACGCGUAGGUGAUGGAUGGUGCGAGCUGGCAGGCUCCACGCGUAAGCCUCUCAAUCUAGGCCGCCGUAGAAAGAUGUUUCUGCGAUAGCGAUAUUCGAUGGUCUCCAGGAACAAUCGACUAUUUAUUUGACGACAUCGUCCCCUUGGGAGUUGUUUUAAAUCUAUUAGCACAGCUGGAGCCACGCUAAGGGAGAAGCGUCGCCGUUUCGACUGACGACCUCGCGUGCUCGAAGCUCCACCGAGCGUCCUUGAUGGACGGCGACGGCAACGCGAGUGCCUCUCCGCUCCGUGCUGCUGCUGCCGGCCUUCUCGCGCGAUUCAAGCCCGCGUCCCCCUCACCAGCAAAGCCCGCCGCGAAGGAAGUAGAGGCGGAGGAGUCCGCCGCAUCCGCGAAAUUCCCCCCCAGCGCGAGCCGAUCGAGCAGCACCAGCAGCACGCCCACGUCUGCAGGCGCCGCCACCAGCAACUUCGGCAGAGGCGGCAGCAGCAGCGGUACCGGUGCUGGUACUGGUGCUGGUGCUACUGGCAGCAGCAGCAGCGGUAGCAGUGGGGCUGCGAGGAGGCCGAAAAAGACCCUCCCUAGUGCUGCUGCUGCAGCAGGUGCGGACCCGGGCGGGGACGCGGGGUUGCUGCGCACAGCGUCGGGCGCAUCCACCGACUCGUCCAAGAGCCGAGGCAGGCGCGCAGCAGCGGCAGCCGCGCAGGGGGAGGGCGGAGAGGAGGGCAGGGCGGGGCGGGCGAGGGGAGGCGGGGUGGGGGAGCACGCUGAAGGCAUGGAGGGCGAUAGGCACGAGGACGAGGACGGUCAUAAGAAGAAGAAGGACGCCAAACGCUCUGCACGGAAGGAAGCCUUGGAGGAGAUGAGGGUUGAGGUGGAGGCGCUACGAGAGCAGCUGAAAGGGGCGGAGGACCAGGCGAAGGAGGAGUCGCGAAAGCGGCAGUACGUGGAGGCGGUUAUGGCGGAGCUGGAGGAGCAGAUGCAGGCGGAAACCGAGAAGCGCCAGGCCGCUGAGAAGGGGCUCAAAGACGCGCGCAGGAAGCUGGAGCGGGCGGGGUCUGAGGCGGGUUCGGAGGGGAAAGAGGGGCGGGGCGGGGAGGGGAGAGGGGGAGAGGUGGCGGAGUUGGAGGAGAGGUUAGAGGAGGCGGAGAGGCGGUGGGAGGAGGAGAGGGAUAGGGUGUUGGAAUUAGAGCAGGAGCUACAGAUGGUGGAUGAAGAGAUGAAGCUGGAGAGGGAUUCUAUGAGGGAGAGCAUGGCCGCGUAUGCUAAGGGCAUGGAGGAUUUGGCUACUCAGGCGGAGGAUGAUUUUAGGCGGCAGAUUGAGGACGGGAAGGAUGAUUUGGAGAGGGCGAAUGCUGAGCUGGAAGGGGUGAGGGAUGAGCUGGACAGGGCGAAUGCUGAGCUGGAGCGGGUUAGGGAUGAGCUGGAGAAGGCGCAGGAUGAGGCGGCGGAGAUGCGAGGGAGGGCGGAGGAGGCGGAACGGAAGGGGGAGGAGGCGGAGCGGACGGCGCAGGCUGCUGUGAGGAAGGUGCUGGAGGAGAAGGGGAGGCGGGAGGAGGCGGAGAGGGAGGCGGAGGAGUGGCGGAAGAAGGGGGGGAGCGCUGGGGGCAGCGGAGAGGAGGGUGGGAAGGGAGCCGAGAAGGGGGAUGAGAAGGCAGGGAAAGGAGGAGGUUUGGAGGGGGACAGUGAGGUGGAGGAGCUGAGAGAGCGGUUGGAUGCGGCGGAAACGCAGAAGGUGAAUCUGCUGGAGCGGUGGGAGGAGGGCGAGCAGCGGCGGGAGGAGGCGGAGAAGCAGCGGGACAAAGCAGAGGCCAUGCAGCGGGAGCUGGAGUCCGAGCUGAUUGAGCUGGAAGCACAGUUAGGGCGACAGAGGGCGAAGGUGGAAGAGGCGGAGGGGCGGAUGAGGACGCUUGAGGCACAAGUGGCUGAGGUGGAGGCAGAGGUAGGGGUGCAGAGGGCGAGGGCGGAGAGGGCCGAGGGAGAGGUGAAGGAGCUUGAAGCGAGGAUAGAGCAGGAGAGGGAACGGGCGGAGGGAGCGGGGCAACAGGUGGCAGAGCUGGAGGCCAGGCUUGGGCAGGAGAAGGAACGGGCGAAGGAGGCGGAGCGGGAGGUGACGGAGCUCGAGGGGAAGGUGGAGAAGCAGCGGGCGCGGGCGGAAGAGGCGGAGGGGGAGGCACGGAAAGUGGCGGAGGGGUUGGGGGCGGAGAUGGCGGGGAUGCGGGAGCGGAUGGUGGAGUAUGUGAUGGGGCAGAAGGGCGCGGAGCAUAGGCAGAGGGAGGAGAGUGCAAAGAGGGAGGAGGAGAGGGCGCGGAGGGAGGAGGCGGAGAGGAGAGUGAAGGAACUUGAGGCGAUAGUGGAGGGAGGGAGGGCUGUGGGGGGGAGUGUGGGGGGGAGUGUGGGCGAGGGGAAAGAGGGGGAAGGGGAGGAGGUUGGGGAGGAGAAGGGGGAGAAGGGGGAGGAGGUGGGAAAAGAGGUGGGAGGGGUGAGAGGAGAGGCAGGUGAAUCAGAGCUGGAGGAUUUGAGGGAGAAAAACGCACAGGCGUUGAGGCAACUGGAGUCUGCUGCAGAAGCACAAUCCAGCCUGGAGGCGGAACUAGACCAGCUGUACCUGGAGCUGCAGCACGAGCAGGAGCUCUCCACCGAGGUGGCGCUGGUUGCGGAGGAGGAGUGGCGGGGCCGCCAGGACGCCCUCAGAGCCCUGGCCGAGGCGCACCGCCAGCUCUCUGCUCUCGGCAACGAUGCUGCUGCCAGUGCUGCUGCUGCUGCUGGUGCUGCUGCAGCAGCAGCUGCUGCUAGUGGUGGUGGUGCUGGUGCUGUCUUCGGUGGUGAGGGUGAGGGGCCUGCUAUGACAGACAGGCAGGACAGCUGGAGGAGGAGGGCAGGGGACUCGCCCUUACUUCCCCCGCGCCCCAAGCUCCCUGCUGCGGAAGGCAACGGCGAGCCCACCACAGCCGCACCUCCCAAGCCACAGCAGCAGCAGCAGCAGGGAGAGGGCAGGGGCGGAGGGGGCGGGUUGGGGCUGGAGCGCACAUCAUCUGACAUGCUGUCGUACGUGCACGGGGCGUCGGAGCUGCUCAAGGGGCUGGCGCGGCCGGACGAGGGCGUGUCGAUGGGCAUCAAGCUGCUCGCGCUCAAGAAGGGGCUCUCCUACAGCCGCGCCGUGCACGAUUCCCUGCGCACCGACGCUGGCGUGAGCGGUGAUGCAGGGAAUGCUGCUGCUGCUGCUGCUGCUGCUGCUGGCACAAGUGCAGGCGCCCCUGGUGAGGCGGGAGCAGCAGGAGGAGCGGUGACACCCCCAGCAGUGACCGCCGGGCACGCAUCAGCCAAGGCGGGGCGGCUCAACCGCUCUGCCUCCCGGCGGCUGAGCGUGUCCCUGCUGUCGCCGCGCUCCGCAGUGCAGCAGCGCUGGGAGCAGCUGUCAGCGUCGCUCAUAGCAGAGAGAGAGGCACAGGCCGCCUCAGGUGCCGCCAGGUGGGGCACCUGGCUGCAGGGCCGUGGGCCCUGGUGGCCCUCUGUUUCUCCAGGUGUUUUGCCAGGUGGUUCCCCUGGUGUUUUCCCAGGUGCUCCAGGCGUUUCUCCGCGUGUUUCAGCAGCAGGAGUGGGCGCGGGGAUGCGAGGAGCAGGAGAGGUAGCAGGAGGGGUUUUCGGGGAGCAGGCGCGGCACCGGUCAGCGUUUGUGCAUGUGAUGCUACAACUGCCGCUGCACCGCGUGGGGGUGCUUGAGGACCGCAUUCAGGCGGCUGUAGCAGCAGCUGCAGCUGUAUCAGUUCAGCCGGUUGUAGCAGGUGAGGUGGCGGGUGUAGCAGCAAAGGCAAUGGCUGCUGCCGGGGAGAGCGUGAGUGAGCCCGGUGCUGGCAAGGCUGCAGCAGCGGAAGGGGGUGGGAAGGUAGGGCUGCUGGCUGUUGCUGUGUCUGCAUUCGCACCCAAGGCGCCUGCAGGUGUCACUGUUGUUGCUGCCAGGGAGGGCCAGGCAGGGGCAGGCGCAGCAGGGGCACCAGCAGCAGCAGGAGCCACUGCUGGAGCAGCAGGUGGAGCAGUGGAGAAAGAGGGGGCAGCAGCAGGGGCGCAGAAGGUGGCAGGGGUGGAAGAGCCAGGCGCAGCAGCAUCAUCAGCGACAGCUGGGGUGACAGCAGUGUCAGCAGCAGCGACGGCAGGAGCAGCAGCAGCAGCAGCAGCGGCAGGUAACCUCGUGAGCUCGCUGCAGGGGAUCAAGUUCUCUGGGCUGGGCCUCUGGGGGGCGCCUAAGAAGCACGAGCCUGCUGUGGCUGUCACUCCAGCCCCUGCUGCCAGUGUUGGGGAGAGUGCCGAUGCGGGUGCUACAGGUGAUAGUAAAGGAGUUGAGGGUAAUGAGGACACAGGAGGCAAGGAUGCUGCCAGUGCAGCAGGAGCAGGAGCAGCAGCAGGGGAAAGCAAGAAGCCCCUGCUGCAGAUUUUUGUGGGAGAAAGUGCGGCUAAGGACAGAGGAAGUGAGGCAGCAGAGGCAGUGGAGAGGACACAGGCUCAAAAGGUUAAGGAGAAGGAGCAGGGGAAGAGCAAAGGAGCAGGGGAGCAGGCAGCAAGGGAGGAUCAGGAGGCGGAAGAGGAAGCAGAGGAGGCGGAGGACGUGAGUGGGAUGAGUGAGGAGAGGCGGGAGACGGAGGUGCAGGCGCUGAUGCUGCAGGCAGAGGCUCUGCGAGGCACCGUGGCACUCUGCAUGAAAGAGUCAGCCGCGGUCAGGCAGAGGCUGAGGGACGCGGAGAGGGAGAGUGAGGAGAUGCGCCGGGGGGGAGCGGGAGAGGAGGGGGAUGAGCAGGAGGCGGCUCUGGUGGUGGCGAUGCAGGACGGGAUGGCGUCGCCCGCGGUGGGCAGGGAUGGCAGAACUGUUGGGAGGAGGAUGAUGGAUAAGCGCCUGGAGUCCUACCGGGCAGCGGUGGAAGCAAAAGAAACCGAGCUGGCGCAUGUGAUGCAGCAGCUGAGGGCCGUUGACUCGCGCAUGGAGCUGCUGCUCUCCGCCGAGCCGCCCUCCCCCCCGCCUGCCGCCGCUCAGAGCGGGGGUCUGUUCGCAGCCACGGGCUCUCUCUUCUCCUCCAUGAUGCCAAGGGCUGCUACUGUGCCCAGAGCCCCCACUGUGUCCAAAGCCCCCUCCCAGCCGCUACAGUUCGCACAACUGCUUGCCCUCUCCCUCACCCCGCCUCUCCAAGCCGACAAACCCACCACCACCACUGCUACCACCACUGGUACCGCAACUGCCACCGCCACCCAGCCAGCCCAAGCCAUUGCUCUCCCCGCCCCUCACCCAGUCGACCUGCCACCUCAGCCGGCAUCAGCACAAACUCAGCCUCUGCUCGUGCCACUUCAGCCACUAGAUUUGCCACGUCAGCAGCAGCCCCGCCCCGCACAGUCUGACUACCCCCGCCUCGACUCUCCUCGCACGCAACCCCAGGGGCAGGAGAAGGCUCCAUCUGGGCAGGUUUCUGGGCAGCAGGAAACUCUCUACAGGCAGGACGAGCCGGCGUACGGGCAGGAUGCAGGAUACAGAUCUGGGCACAGGCUCGGGCACGGGUCGUCAGGAGGGGGAUCACCCCGGUCUGGUUCGGGAGGAUUGGACCCCGGGUCUCCCUACUCCGAUGACUACCCCCCUUCCCUGCAGGCUGUGGACCUGAGGUCGCCUGGACCCAUCGAUCUGCGGUCCCCUGGGCCCAUGGAUAUGUCCCCCGAUGCCAUGGGGUACGAGGGCCAGGGCGGGUUUGGGUUCGGCGGGUUUGGACUCAUGACAGACAUUCCCUAGGGGACUGCGACCACCAUGAUCUGGGCUGGGGGGAUGGGGGACCCCACCCGGAGCUCAAGACACGCAGUCUCCAGACUGGAAGCAAUAAGGUCGGGGGGAGGGGGAGGUGAGGGUGGAACCUAUUUAUGUGACCUUGCUCUGUCUUAGCAAGCUGCAGGUUUUUAGUUCUGUUUCGAGUAGCUAGAUAACUGUGGUGGUAUGUCUUGGGACUUGUGAGUAGCAACGAAGGCACGGUACAGUAGGCUGAAGCGCGUCUCAACUCAACUGAAAGGCCUGUGCCAUCGUAUGUUGCAAUUUAAUGCUGCAAUUUAAUGGAAAGGAUACUU